AUGACAUUAUUUAAUGAAAUUAAUUGCCGAAAAAUUCAUGGAGAAAAAAAUGUUUUUAGAGGAUUUUUUACAAAUCCAAUUUUUUAUGGUAUAUGGAUUGUUACAUUUGUCGUACAAAUUCUUCUUGUUCAAUAUGGUUCAUUUGCAUUUUCUUGUGUGCCAUUAACACUUGAACAAUGGAUGUGGUGUUUAUUAUUCGGCGUUACAGUUCUUCUGUGGAAUCAAUUGGUUAAUUUGAUCCCGGUGACACGUCAUAUGCCGAAAUGGGGUGCAGGUGAAGUUUAUGAACAGACAUUACCCGCAGAUUUAGGCCCAGAAGGACAACCAAGACAAGCAUCAAGUUUAACAAAAGGGCAAAUACUUUGGUUAAGAGGAAUAACACGUCUUCAAACACAGCUUCGUGUGAUAAAAGCAUUUCAAGAUUCAUUCGAUCGAUACCCACCAAAAUAUGUAACAUUAGAUCGGCUACGAGCCAAUACUAUACCCAAAUCAUCAUCAUAUUAUUACGAUAAACAACCUUCGAAUCCUAUUAAUAAUGUAACUAACACUGAUAAUGAACAAUUACCAUUAACAAUUAUUAAACAUACCUAA